UGUUAGUGCAAUUUGUAACUCAUCAAAGUUCCAACCUAAACCUUUAAUGACAGCAUAGCAAUAGCAUCGCACAUCGCAUUCCCAACAUUCGACGUUUGCAUUGUUACAUAUGUCUAUUUUGAGAGGUAGCUUAGCACCCAAACUUUAUACCUUCUAAACUUCUUGUAAUUACUACCUACGUUAAUAAUUACAUUUUCUUUUUCUUCCUCUUUUUCUUUUUCCUUUUUUUCUUUUUUUGUUUCCCUUUAGGAAAGUCGGCGAGUUUAGUCCCUCGCUCUGGCGUUUUGGUUCUAUGCCUUCUUCUGCACUCUCCUACCGGUGAUGCCCUUGCCAGGCAUGGGCAGUUGGACCUUGGCCAUCUCGGACAGCUCAACGAAUCAUGGGCCCCCUCGCCUAUCUGCCAGGCUGAUCCUGCCGUUCGUGCUGUUGUCAUCAUGGCUGGGUUUAGUAGAGUCGAUGCGCCCCAGUCGCAUCUCUGAGCUGAGACGCGACACGGUGGAUAUGUUCUAUCACGGGUUCGACAACUAUAUGAACAUUGCCUUUCCCGAAGAUGAGUUACGGCCCGUGUCUUGCACGCCCUUAACUCGAGAUUCCCUCAAUCCGAGAAAUAUUGCGCUUAAUGACGUCCUCGGGAACUAUUCCCUGACCCUGAUCGACAGCCUUUCUUCCCUCGGCAUCCUUGCCUCCUCACCCCCCGACGAUGGAGACAUAGGCCCCAAAGCCUUACGUGAUUUCCAAGAUGGUGUUGCUGCAUUAGUUACACAGUACGGUGAUGGGCGGCCCGGCCCGUCAGGUCAGGGUGCUCGCGCUCGGGGCUUCGAUGUCGAUAGUAAGGUCCAAGUCUUCGAAACCGUAAUAAGGGGUGUUGGUGGGCUGCUGAGUGCCCACCUUUUUGCUGUUGGUGACUUGCCCAUUUCCGGGUAUGAACCACAGAGACCAACAGACAAUGAUAACCAUGACCUGGACAAGCACCCUAUCCCUUGGCCCAACGGCUUUAAAUAUGAUGGCCAGCUACUGCGACUUGCCCUUGACCUCGCCCAACGCUUGCUUCCGGCUUUCUACACCCAGACGGGAUUGCCAUAUCCUCGUGUGAACCUCCGUCAUGGGAUCCCAUUCUAUGUGAAUUCUCCCCUCCAUAACAACGCUAAUGUGGACCCAAGGCCCCCCGAGGACUCUCCAGAGAUAACCGAGACAUGUAGUGCUGGGGCAGGCAGUUUGGUGCUCGAGUUUACCGUAUUGAGUCGUCUCACCGGGGACCCGAGAUUUGAGCAAGCAGCUAAGAGGGCCUUCUGGGCCGUCUGGUCGAGAAGAAGCAACAUCGGUCUGAUCGGAGCUGGCGUAGACGCCGAAGAAGGACAUUGGAUUGGUGGGUUUUCUGGGAUUGGCGCUGGCAUUGAUAGCUUCUUUGAAUAUGCUCUCAAGACCCAUAUCCUGCUCUCAGGUCACGAACUCCCUAAUCGAACGAUACCUCAAGUUCAUGAUGGAGACUGGCUUGACCCUAACCAGCUCUACAAUCCCCUUUCUGAUGAGGACAACUCGCCCGAUUCUUUCCUGUCGGCAUGGCACCAUGCACACGCUGCCAUUAAACGGCAUCUCUAUUCUGGCUUGCAUCACCCUCACUAUGUAAAUGCUCACAUGUCGACCGGUUCGCCCCAAGCGUACUGGAUAGAUAGUUUAGGCGCAUAUUACUCUGGCCUAUUGGCAUUAGCUGGGGAGCUUGACGAAGCCAUCGAGACGCACCUCGUAUACUCAGCGCUAUGGACUCGGUAUUCUGCCCUUCCGGAGCGAUGGUCCGUACGCGAUGGUAAUGUUGAAGGCGGUCUUGGAUGGUGGCCCGGCCGGCCGGAAUUCAUCGAAUCCACCUACCACUUGUAUCGUGCUACGCAAGACCCGUGGUAUCUAUACGUGGGCGAAAUGGUCUUGAAAGAUAUCACUAGGCGAUGCUGGACAGAGUGUGGGUGGUCAGGCUUGCAGGAUGUGCGCACUGGGGAGAAGAGCGAUCGAAUGGAGAGCUUCUUUCUCGGUGAGACCGCCAAGUACCUAUAUCUACUCUUUGACCCAGAUCAUCCCCUUAAUAAGCUUGACGCUUCGUAUGUGUUUACUACAGAAGGACAUCCUCUGAUUAUCCCUCGAAAGAGGAAAUCCAAACCCCAGGCUCGUAAAUCGUCGCCAGAAAGGAAUGUUCAGAGCUACUACGAUACCGAUUUUACCAAUACCUGUCCCCGUCCGCCUGUUCUCCCCCCCUUAUCCGGAUCUGCUACUGCCGCAAGGCCAGACCUUUACAACGCCGCUACGUUAAUUCGACUUCACCAAGUACCUAACAUUCACAGCCGAUUAAAAGACCCAAUCGCCGAAUUAGACGAAUCUGAAGCACAGACAAAAUCUCUAGAAAAGCGAAUAGAGAACUAUACUUACUUCCCUUGGACAUUACCCAGUUACAUGCUACCAGCCGAUGGAAUUUGUGCUGUGUCAAAACAAGCCCAGACAACAGUAAUUGAGUUCGCUUCCAAUGGCCAACAAACUAUGGGUAGUGCGUUUAAUAUCAUGUUUGGCGGGCAUAACCUCGUCCGCAUGGGGGGCGACGGCAUUGCAAUCAACAGUCUGAGCGGGCUGAAGUUAGCCUUGAUUGUAGAAGACCCCCCAGAAACGACCGAGCGGGCAUGGCGAGUCUACAGCAUUGGAAAUUUGGCACUGGGCCGAGACGAGAAGGUUCUCAUUUCUCGCGAUGUCCUCGAGCAUAUGUCGGACCCUCUGUUCCACCGCGUUCGCGAUUCCGUCCUGGUAGACAUUCUUUUGCAGCUUGAGCCUCCCCAGCCUCCGGGAAUUCUCAAUUCGACAUCCUCAGACGGGGAAGUCACUCUUGAGGCCGAACAGGCAAUUGAGCUUGAUGGCGAGUCUACUGUUGAUAGUCUCAACAUAUUUAGUUCUUUUCUGCAACAGAUUACGUCCGCUUUAAGAGAACCCGUGGCGACUUUUAAGCCGGAGGUAGGGCAGAAGCCGGAUUACAAGUAUGUCGAGCUGCCUGGGAUUACGCCAGUUGGAGUGGGUGCAGCUCCCCUACCUGAUAUUCGCGAAGCCCCCAACCCGCACACGACCUCGUACAUCGAAUCCUUAUCCUGGCAGCGCAUCUUCUUCGCCGACCACGCUUGCGGAGGUAAACUCCCCGACGAAGCAGCAAAAGCGCACCAGGUGAUCGUGAUGCGGCGGGGCGGAUGCUCGUUCUCGCAGAAACUAGCGAACAUCCCCUCGUUUGCGCCCAACCGCAACGCCCUCCAGCUCGUGGUCGUGGUGUCGGACGACAAGGACGCGCGGGACGAGAACGAGAACGAGCCGUGGGGGUUCAACUUCAUCCGCCCCCUGCUCGACGAGCCGCAACGUACCCCCGCGGGCUUCCCUCGCCACCAUCCCAUCGCCAUGCUGAUGACGGGCGGUGGCCAAGAAGUGUAUGAUCUCCUGAGGAAGACUAGGAGCUUGGGGAUACGGAGGAGAUACCACGUCGAGAGCCAGGGGCUCAAGAUUGGCAAUAUCGUUGUGCUUUGAGUGGUGCACACUGCACAGACAGAGAAGAUAUCUAGAAUGAAGGACUACGAAGUUACGACGGUUGGAUUAGGUAGGGGAAGCGUGGUGUUAUUUGAGGGGAGAGGGGAGAAAAAGAGAGUGCAGUAUAUAAGAAAGAAAAGGAAUUAAGUGUAAAUAAUACUCGACAUGAACAUACACAGAGCAUAGCGAUGAGAAUUGAUAAGACCGUUUCUGAUUUGGUUGCUUUAGUCGUACUCUCUAUAU